AUGCAUCUGUUCACAGAAUGCCCCUGGUCAAGGAAGAUUUGGAUCUGGACAGCGGUUAAGGCUGGUUUACCUUCGCUGCAGCCGAGGAGGUGGGAUGGACAGCCAAACUUCGCGAGAUGGCUGCAAAACUGUGUUUCCAUGGAGACAACGCGGAAAAGGAAAGGACUGCUCUCCAUCAUUUUUCCUGCCCCUUCCCCCAACUCCUACUCCCCUCGCGGCGGCGUGUCGGCGCUGGUGUCGGAGGGCCUGGCCAGCAUGGGCGCGCACAUGGCGUCCGGGUACAGCCGCGUCGUCGGCGUGCACCUCGCCAUCAACCACUUCCGCAGCGCCGCCCUCGGCGACGUCAUCCUCGCGCGUGCCGUCCCCGUCCCCCUCGGACGCUCCACCCAGGUGUGGGAGGUGAAGCUCUGGAAGAUGGACCCGUCGAAGGAGGGGAAGAAGGGGCCGCAGAUCGCCGAGUCCAGGGUCACUCUGCUCUGCAACCUGCCCGUGCCGGACAACCUGCACCACGCUGGCGACGCCCUCAAGAAGUACGCCGCCGGAGCUGCAUCAACAACCACCCCCACCAGCAACUGUAGCUACUCGUAG